AAUAGAGCCAUCAAAAGAGGAAAAAGAAAGAGCUAUACAACUAAAGACAAAUAGCUAGGGGCAAAGCUAGCUAAAGAGAGAAAUGGAGUUCCCAAUUCGAAUUUUGGUUCUUUUCGCAUUGCUCGCCUUCCCGGCAUGUGUCCACGGUGCAAUACGCAAGUACACAUUCAACGUGGUAACGAAACAAGUAACGCGGCUUUGUUCCACGAAACAGAUCGUUACUGUUAACGGUAAGUUUCCAGGACCAACAAUCUACGCUAACGAAGACGACACGAUUCUCGUUAACGUCGUUAACAACGUCAAGUAUAACGUCUCUAUCCACUGGCAUGGGAUAAGACAAUUACGAACCGGUUGGGCUGACGGACCAGCUUACAUAACUCAAUGUCCAAUUAAACCGGGUCACAGCUACGUCUAUAAUUUCACGGUCACGGGGCAACGCGGCACGCUCUGGUGGCAUGCACAUGUUCUCUGGCUCCGAGCUACGGUUCAUGGUGCCAUCGUGAUUCUACCUAAACCGGGUCUUCCUUACCCGUUCCCUAAACCACACAGAGAAGAAGUCAUCAUACUAGGUGAGUGGUGGAAAUCUGAUACCGAAAUGGUUAUCAACGAAGCCUUAAGAUCCGGUUUAGCACCAAAUGUCUCAGAUGCUCAUGUCAUUAACGGUCAUCCCGGCCUCGUUCCUAAUUGUCCUUCUCAAGGUAACUUUAAAUUAGCGGUGGAGAGUGGAAAAACAUACAUGCUUCGACUAAUAAACGCAGCACUAAACGAAGAGCUCUUCUUCAAAAUCGCCGGCCAUCGUUUCACCGUCGUGGAAGUUGACGCCGCCUACGUUAAACCCUUCAACACCGACACGAUCCUUAUAGCUCCUGGUCAAACCACCACCGCGUUAGUCUCUGCUGCUCGUCCCUCCGGUCAAUACCUAAUCGCCGCCGCUCCUUUCCAAGAUUCCGCCGUCGUUGCCGUCGACAACCGCACGGCAACCGCUACCGUUCAUUACUCCGGCACGCUCUCUGCCACGCCCACCAAAACUACUUCGCCGCCGCCUCAAAACGCUACCUCAGUUGCAAACUCGUUCGUCAAAUCUCUACGGAGUCUUAAUUCAAACACGUAUCCGGCUAAAGUUCCGGUCACCGUCGAUCACGAUCUGUUGUUUACCGUUGGGUUAGGAAUCAACCGAUGCCACAGCUGUAAAGCUGGAAACUUCUCACGUGUCGUCGCGGCUAUAAACAACAUAACAUUCAAGAUGCCUACGACAGCUUUGCUUCAAGCUCAUUACUUCAACCAAACCGGAGUAUACACAACAGAUUUCCCCGGGAGACCGAGACGGGUUUUCGAUUUCACCGGGAAACCGCCUUCGAAUUUAGCAACCAUGAAGGCUACGAAGCUUUACAAGCUUCCAUACAAUGCGACCGUACAAGUUGUUUUGCAAGAUACAGGGAAUGUGGCGCCGGAGAAUCAUCCUAUACAUCUUCAUGGAUUUAACUUCUUUGUGGUUGGUUUAGGAUCAGGGAAUUAUAAUUCCAAGAGGGACUCUAAAAAGUUUAAUCUUGUUGAUCCGGUGGAGAGGAACACCGUUGGUGUACCUUCCGGUGGUUGGGCGGCCAUCAGAUUCCGAGCAGAUAAUCCAGGGGUUUGGUUUAUGCAUUGCCAUUUAGAGGUACACACAACAUGGGGACUAAAGAUGGCUUUCUUGGUGGAUAAUGGUAAAGGCCCAAACCAAUCAAUCCUUCCUCCUCCUAAUGAUCUUCCCAAAUGUUGAUAACUCUUUGUUAUUAUUAUUUUUUUUGAAUCGAUCAAAUUCUUUUCUUGACAUUUUGAUAUGUGUAGUAUGCUGAAAACAAAAUUAUCAAUAAAGCCAUUGUAUGAUUUGAUUGUGUUACGCUUUAAUGAGAGGGUGGAAACAAACAUCUUUUUUCAACU